AAAUCUUUAUUUUUUAUUAUCAAACAUUAAUUGCCGACACAAAUGAAAGUCAUUUAUAUGAUUGCAGUAUUGAUGUUAACCAUUGCAUCGGUGGUUAGCAAUGAAUCGAAAGAUUUUUGUGAGGAAUAUCGGAAAAAUGAUUACAAAAUUGGUUUUGCAAUGAGUUUGUAUAAAGAGUAUGGAUAUGAUGAAGAUAUGAUAUUAUUGUUCAUCGGUAACACCUACUGGAAAUUGUCUAAUAAGAGAGACACUGUAGUCACUAUUGACACUUUAAGUGCCGGUACGUCCAACUGGUUGUCCAGUGACAAGUACGCUAUGGCCUGGCCACAUAUCCACAAACAAUACUAUAAUAAAGAUAACUGUCUUUACGGUGCUCUACAGAAAGACAUGCAUACCAUUGAUUGGGCCAACACUUUGUGUAAUGAUAUGAAUGUUAUCACCGAAUGGAUCAAUUCGACGACAAAUAUAACAUUUUCAGACAAUAAUUUUAAGCCCGACUUUGUUUGGUUUCUCAUUGAUUUUAAAGGAUAUUUGAUAUUUGCUAACAAUGAAAAUCAUAUAAUUUAUAUUUCUUAUCGUUAUAUAUAUUCAGUUGAAGUUGUUUUAAAUAGUUUUAGGGAAAAUAAUUGGAAAUAUGAUCACAACAACAGUAUAAUAGCGAUUAGCCAACAAUUUAUUGACAAUAUUUUGCAAUCAAUUAUCUUUAUGAGUGACAACAAAACUAUUCAAUACUGUUAUGUUAUGUUUGAUAGCAGUUCUCCUUUUUGUAAACCGGAAGAUUUUAAGACAAUGAUUGACUGUUCCCCGCAAAUCAAACAAUCGAUGAUUAGUAUUAUGAUUGCAGUGAUUGUCCGGGUGUUGGCGGUCGUCAACUUUAUCGGUGCAUUGAUUUUAUAUUAG